CGUCGAGAGUUGAUGUUAAACGCAGAACGCAAAAAUAUAGAACACAUUUUCGCUUAAAGUGCCAAAGUGAAAAAAUAUAACAAUAAAAGAAAUUCACUGAAUCAAACGAAGUGAAACGAAUCGUGCGAAGGAAGAGAAAAUUGCAUAAAAUAUUCAUUUAUUUUUUGUCACCGUAAACCAGUUGUGCAAACAUUUUGAGCAGAUCUGAAAUUGCAACCUUUCCAGAAUAAUCUGACGAAUUGAAGUUCAACUAAUACAUAAUUAAACUAAAGUUCAUUAAUUUUAACAGAAAAUCUGUCUUGCAAUUAAUUAAAAUAGUGGGGCACGAAAACUUUCUGUGCAGCUAAGCGGUAUUUUAGUGAGGGGUGCAUUACAUAAGCGUGCGGCAGGAAGAAGUGUUUUUCGUCAAUCGCUUGUGUAAUAAUAAUUUUCCUUGAAUUCAAAGCGGAAUCAAACGAAAAAGUUAAGAAAUCACAGUACGUGAAGCGGGCGGUACUCCCGUCCUAACGGUGUGAAUUCUUUGUGUAUUUUUAGCCGCCCCCCCAUUUACUCGCAUGCUACAUUAUCAAACAAGUCGUGAGCAUAAGUUAUAUUUUUGCAAUUUCGUAAAGCAGUGCUGCGAAUAAGCACAUUGUGUGUUUGUGUGUGUGUGCUACUACGCUUGGUUGCCAUCAUAUUUACGCGCACGAGUUGUAGGCACUGUCAUCGUAACCAGUCGUCGGCUGAUCCCCGCUAGAAGCGACGCAAUACAAUUUCACAAUAUCAAACCACUAGAAAUAAAGUACCUACAGUAGUGGAAACGUUUUCGAAAACGUGUUGCUUUGUUUGCCGGUCCUAGUUGCUACUAUAUACUUUGUAUCCACCCAUUUUUUUUUUAUUGUUUGUGAACGACAACGAAGUGCUAUAAAAACCGGCCAUCGCCGGCAAUUUUGCUUUCUCUAUUCAAUUGUGUAUUGAAAUUUGAAUUUAUUAUACAUUUGCGGAGUGCGGAAAAAGUUCUCGCGUGAUUAUGUCCCAGAAUCAGCGUGACACUAUAAUACAUUUAGUUGCUGGCGGAACUGCUGGCACAGUUGGUGCUGUCGUCACAUGCCCCUUGGAAGUGGUUAAGACACGCUUACAGAGUUCCAAUGCUUUUCUCGGACCCACACGUCUCGAACCGCCCGGUUCCACCAAUGGCGCUAGCGAAUUGCUACGUCCCGAACAGCGUCGUAAAUUGAGCACAACCAUUUUGCGUAAGAGGUCACAGCCACAGAUCAUGGCUAUUUCACAUUGCGGCAUCUCAUCCACCUCCACAAAGUCAAUGAGCAUCAUGCAGUGCUUGAGGUACAUAGUACAAAAUGAGGGUCCACGUGCACUAUUCAAAGGUUUGGGCCCAAAUCUCGUUGGCGUAGCGCCAUCACGGGCGGUAUAUUUUUGCACUUACUCACAGACAAAGAACUUUUUGAAUAAUUUAAGUUACAUACAAACGGAGUCACCGCAAGUGCACAUCAUGAGUGCAGCGAGCGCUGGUUUUGUCUCCUCUACACUAACGAAUCCCAUUUGGUUUGUAAAGACGCGCUUGCAGCUAGACUACAAUUCGAAAGUGCAAAUGACGGUGCGAGAAUGCAUCAAUCGAGUGUAUGCACAAGGCGGCAUUGCCGGUUUCUACAAAGGCAUUACAGCCAGCUAUUUUGGCAUAUGUGAGACAAUGAUACACUUUGUCAUUUACGAGUUUAUCAAAUCGAAACUGAUUGAAAUGCGCAACUCACGUCACGAAGAUGUCAAGUCGUCGAAGGAUUUUCUGGAAUUCAUGAUGGCUGGUGCCGUUUCAAAGACUGUAGCAUCCUGUAUUGCGUAUCCACAUGAGGUGGCACGCACAAGACUGCGUGAGGAGGGCAAUAAAUAUAACACAUUUUUCCAAACAUUGCAGACUGUGUGGAAAGAGGAGGGUAGAGCUGGACUUUAUCGAGGCUUAGCGACACAACUGGUGCGUCAAAUACCUAACACAGCCAUAAUGAUGGCCACCUACGAAGCAGUCGUGUAUGUGUUAACGCGACGAUUCAAUAAUAAAAGCAAUGAAUUCUACGACUUCUAG